AUGGAAAUAAAGUGUACUAAGAGUGAUGGAUGGGGUAAGGUAGUCAGAGACCCUUGUAAAAUAUGCGAGGGGAGUGGAAUAGUUGAAAAAGAAUUCGAUAUUGAAAUAGAAUUAGCAAAGGGAAUGAAAAAUGGAACCAUAAUCAGAUAGUCAAGUUAUGGUCAUGCAAAUGAAUGCUCAGGAGAACCAGAAGAUUUGUUGAUUGAGGUGGAAGUUCAAGAGGAUGAUAAUUGA